AUGCUCCGCACCGGCGCAGCGCAACCCGGCGAUGCGAACAUACACGCCCGACUCUACGAUCAGCUCGAAGAACAGCGCCGCGAGCGACAGUACUAUGAACGAUACGACACGGCUGGCCUCGGUGCCCGCGCGCCCUCACCUGGCGGAGACUCGGUCCUGACCGUCCGCAUUCCUGCCCACCAGGACCAACAUGGCCAGCAUGACCCCAGUCGCCGCGCCAGUGUCGUCCGUGACCGUGGCCCCAGCGACUCUUCAAACUGGUCGCAUACCGACAGACACGCACAUGGCCUGGCCAACCUGAACCGAUGGUCUCACUCAACCACGUCCAGCAUCGCAUCCAUCGACACCCCACCCACGGCAGUCAAGCACUCGCAACCCCGUACCAACCCAUCACACCACGGCUUCCACACGGGCUCCAUCUGGGCUCGUCGCAAUGUCUCUGAUGCCCAAAUGUCUCCGGAAGACGUCUCACCACGAUCCAUCGCAUAUCAGCGCCCUUCGGCCAUGCAGAGCCCUGACUAUCAUCGUCGUCGCGCCCCUCGCUUCGAGAAGCCCCUGCCGCCGCGCAUGUCCAUUUCGAAUCACUCUCCCAACGACGAAGCACAGUUGACCGCUGCCACCUUUACGCCAUCAAGCGCUGGUCUGCUCACUCCCAACAGCUACGCCAAUUCCGACUACUUUGGGAGCACCGCCUCAGCCUCAAGCAGCUACGACAAGUCCCCCCAUGCUCUACCGCCGCGUACCUCGUCGCGCCAGAACGGCUCCAUGCCAAGAUACGAUACCAGUCCCGCUGAGAGUACCUCAGGCAGGGGAAGAGAAAAUGGCGACAAGAAGAUCAUGCUGUCAAAGGCUUUGGAAAAGGCAAACACUGCCGUCCUAUUGGAUAAUGCUAUGAAUUAUGAAGGUGCUCUUGAGGCUUACCAGGACGCCUGCCGCUUGCUCGAGAAUGUUUUGGACCGUACAUCCGGCUAUGACGAUCGUCGGAAACUUGACGCUAUUCGCGACACUUACACCAUUCGCAUCGACGAGCUCUUGCAGAUUCAACUGACCACCCAAGCCACGAGGAGGGACAAGCAGCUUCCUCCGAGACCCAUGAGCAACGAGUCCAUGAUAUCUGCUGUAUCUGGCCCGGAUCGCAGCUCGGCCAUCAUUGAGACUGCCACAUUGACUCGAAUCAUCGAGGCGCCGCCUUCCAAGCACGCGUCAGUUGUGCCCUCACCCAUGGAUGGUCCACCUACCUCCUUCUUGGCUAUUUCUCCUGGCCAUGGUCCACGUACUUCAUUUCUCACCAGUGCCAUCCAGGAAGUCGAAGGCACAUCUACCCCUGGCGCCUUUUUGGGCCCAUUGUGGGAGCGCGAACGAUCAAGAUCUCCCUUCAGAGAUUCUACCAUUAGUCAUGAAACUGCUCGUCCCUACAAUCUUGAGCCUGCGUUGAUGCCGCGGCCUUUGACGCCCCCAGGAUAUGAAGAACAUGAAGGAUCUGUUGAGCUCGAUUCAAGACCCACGACAGCAGAGUCCCAGGAAAUUCAUCAAAAUGUCGAUCCAGUAUCUUGGUUAGACACAAUAGACGAGUCUGGAUCAUCUGGCUCGCCAUCCAAUACUACCACAUCCAGCCGCUCACCUUCUUUCUCAGUACAUGACCGUUCGCCGAAGCGGGGACUACACCGUAGAGACAUAAGCGGUACUAUCAGUCAUGCUAGCCUCGACUUUGAUGCUGCUUUCGAUGCGGCAGUCGAAGCUGCUUAUGAAGAUGGCUAUGAAGUUGAUGAAGAUUUCCUCGUAGAUCCUCCACCUCCUGUCCAAGACAGUCAAACAACACACGAGCCGGAAUCAAAUCUACCUACAGCAUCUUCUCUGGGCUAUUAUGCUACGUUUGACGGCCAACUCGACGAUGACGAGGCAGAAGAGGAACGCAUUCUGGCAGACAUAACAAAUGAUUAUAUAGAUCACGGCUUCGACUUUGACAUCCAAUCCAAGUCUGCUCUACCGCGGCAGUCCGACUCGAGUACAUAUUCUGGCCGCACGUACCAAAGUUCGCAAGUGUCCAACCGGACAACUGCAGGCACUUCGCUCUCAACCGUCGCAGAGAAUGCUGUAUCUCGCCAUACGCCUUCUUCGUCGCUGGCAACCGACAUCUCCAAGACGUCCCCUGAGCAGACCAGCGGAGCUCAGCAGACGACCACUCCAAGCCGAAAGACAGCCGGGCCCAAUUUCAAACAACUCAAAAUCGAGACCUCGCGCAAGCCUACUCUCAGGUCACGUGGCUACACAAAUACCGAGCCGAAGGAGGCAGCUGAUGGUGCGGCCGCAGAAGAUGAAGCGGAUGCAGACCGCCGAAUCUCAGAGGUUCCUAGCUUACGUCGCGUGGAGGCAGCGCUUGCCUCGCCUUAUCACAUGCGAUCGGCCGCUUCGGAUACGGCAACAUCCAUGUCUCUAGACAGCCUGCCAGAAAGCGGCGAUGUGCUCAGCAGUAGCUACCGUUCGCCAAGGCCAAGGAUGUUCCGUGGCAGGAAUAAGUCGUCUCUAAGUCUUCGGGAGACAGCAGGCUUUAUCUCGGAGGAAAACGAUACUGCCCCAGCUUCUCCCAUGUCAGCCUUCCCGGGCGGCGGAGAAGCACCGCCUUUCAGGAGGUAUAUCACUCCGCCUGGAGGCUCUAUAUCUAUUACCCGCACAGAUUCGGCUUCCGGAGGUCACCAUAUCUUUGAGAAUUUCCUCAACCCUCCCAACCAACCACCCUCACCUGGAGCAGACGAUUCAUUUUCACCCUCAUCUCUAGAGCCUUGUCCGGAGCCUACAUUAUUACGACCCUUCUGGAUGCUCCGCUGCAUUGCUAGCGUCAUCAAUCAGCCUCGCGGUGGGUUCUUGACCACUCGGCUUUUUGUUCCUCGCCAGGUCUGGAUGAACCGUACUGUCAAACUCAAGAGCGUUGAAGACAAGAUUGCCAACUGCGAUCUGUUGACAGCUGCUUUGGGUAAGUUGUCCAAGGUCGACACUUAUGACGCUGAUGCAGUGCUGGAGGAGCUUCAAGGAUUCGAGGAGGUCAUGGAGCGCGUACAGACUGUGCUCGUCAAACGACUCGGUAGCGAAGUUGGCGUGCAGGGUGUUAGUGCGCUCUUCAAGGACGCUGCAGUUCAGAUUGACAGCACUGGUACUACCACCGAUGUCCGUGAACCAAAGCAGAACAAGAGCUAUCUCAGCUCUUGGCGCAAGCUUCGGGGCAAGAAUUCGACAGGUGGCGUCACCAUUCCUCUGAGCAGCACUCGUACGGAUAAGGAAGUCGCCAACAUGGCCAGUGUGCCCAUGACCAGCUUUGUACCGAUUGACAAACGUACUGCGCACAAGCACACCUCCUCGAAGGAAGCCAUCUCUUUCGAAGGCCCGCACAGGGAGUACAUGAGCAGUGUCUCUCGAUUGUGUGAAGCGGCGCAAUUGCUCGAUCAAGUUGCUCGUCAAGUCGAGGAUCCAGGGCUCAAGCACUCUUCGCCUACGCAUAUUGGCCUCGAACUAAGUACUCGCCAUGCUGCAGAAUUCUUCGGCUUCUACAUCUGCAGAUUCAUCCUCGGCGACGUGACUUUGUUGAUGGACAAAUACGUCAAGAGAAGUACGGAGUGGGUCAUUGCAUGA